AUGGCAUACAAUGGUCGGCGGGGUCCGAAUGUGUCGGAAUACAUCGCGAAUUUGAACGCAAUCCCAACACCACAAGAUUUACAAAAUUCCAAUCAGGAAUCAUUCAAUGUGGACGAUGAUUUGGCCAUGUUCACAAACGCACAAUUCUUCGACUUCGAUUUGAAUCAAAAUACCACUACAGAUUUGCAGGCACCAAACUUUGAUGGCGUUGGAGCACAAUCUACUGCGGACAGUGUUGACAUGGAUUUAAAGGACUUGGAUUUUGGCAUUACAGCUGAUUUCAACUUCUCUGAUUUUAAUACCUAUCCUACCAAUUUCGGUAGUCAUGAUGGCAUGCCUCCGGUAAUUCAUCCAAUUCAAACCAACCAUCAGAUCUAUCAACCUCCUUCAUCGGCCGGUUCUCCUACAUCUGCCCUCGUUUCUCCACGGGUAGGAGAAAAGCGCAAAGCAGAGUCUGUAUCUGAUGGACGAUCUCCUGACUUCGAGGAUGCAUCACGUUUGGCUGCUGAGGAAGACAAACGUCGAAGAAAUACCGCCGCUUCGGCCCGCUUUCGUGUCAAGAAGAAGCAACGCGAACAAGCUCUUGAACAAUCAGCAAAGGCUAUGAGUGAUAAAGUCGCUGCGUUAGAAGGACGUAUCAAUCAAUUAGAGACUGAGAACAAAUGGUUGAAGAAUUUGAUUACGGAGAAGAAUGAGAGUAAAGAGGAUAUCGCCGCCCUAUGGAAAAAGUACAACAAGGACGCCGGCGACAGGAAAGGCGCUGAACGCAAAGAUGGUGUGGGCACAGAAGCUUGA